AUGUGGAAUUGGGUUCAGUGGCUGCAUCUCCAUCUCGACUGGAGGGGGUAUUGGGCUUUCUUCUGGUGUUCGAAUAUCCAGAUGAUCGAGAUGAACCUAAUGGAUGAGAUUGCUCACGAGGGGUUCCGGAAAAUGGAAUCCCCGCCUAUCUGCUCCAAGCUGACGACUCUGAAGAUUCACGAGCCUUCAGUGACGCCAGACACGCUCGCAAAACUGCUGUCCUGUACGCCUGCUCUUACUACAUUGGACUACGAGUACUGGACUAAUGAUUCACUAAUCUGCGCAUCGCUCAGCGCUGCUCUUAAUGUCGUUAAAAGCACCUUGGAAUAUUUGAGGUUCGUCUGCCACUUGGAGCCGCCUAUCCUGCCUAUCGCACAUGAGGAUAGCCUUGCACGCGGUGGGUGUCAUUUCCACGACUUUCCCGUUCUUUCCUCUCUCCAACUCGCGCCUGCCGUACUACUAGGCUGCAAGCCUUUCAUUGCGCCGAGGAUAGGGCAAGUCAUACCAUCAAGUAUGAAGAAACUUUGCUUUACUGAUGACUUCCUUGGCGAUGCCUGGGGCGCGGAGGAGUUGGCAUCGGUGUUGUACGACUUUGUCGAAGGCGGUUGGGGAGCCACAGCACCAGAGCUGCAACGGGUAUAUGUUGCAAUUGAUAGGGCGUGGCUUGGUGAGGUUGAAGAGGAUUAG